AUGGGAGUUGGCUCACGAGGCUUCUUGGCUGCACUGGCCCUGGGGGCAGUGCUGGUGACAGCGUUGCUGAAGAUGGUCGCCGACAGCAGGGACCUGGACGGAUCUCCAGGCACAAAGAAGUCUAUGCCUCCAGAAGACUCUAAUGCUGCCCGAACAGGGAGUACCCCACAGGUGUCUCUCAGCCAUACAAAUAAGUCUUCCACCUUGCCCAUGAAACCAUCAGCAACAACUCUAGUUUCCUCAAAGAACAUAACAGCCACCACCUUGAAACCCACAGCAAAAUCGUCUAAAACGACACCACCAGUGAUCUCAACAAACACGACUUCUACCACUGCAGGGUCUACAACCAAGAUAACAAGUGCUUCAUCCACAGUGACCACAGCCCACGAUAGUUCAGUGACAUCUGUUUCUUCACCUGUAACAAUCACAGCAACUACUAAUUCUGAGGAAAACAAGGCAUCCAGCUUCGAUACUGGCAGUUUUGUUGGUGGCAUUGUAUUAACACUGGGAGUUCUAUCUUUUCUUUACAUUGGAUGCAAAGUGUAUUAUUCAAGAAGAGGCAUUCGGUAUAGAACCAUUGAUGAACAUGACGCCAUCAUUUAAGGGUUCCGAGCACCAACGGAAAGAAGAAAGACUGAAGCAGCCCAAUUGGUUUUGGUUUAUUAUUAGUUUAAAACAGGAUUCUCUUCUUGAAAAUAGCAUAAACAGGCCAUGCAUAUAAUGUACAAUGUAUUAUAUAAAUAUGUAAAGAUUCCUCAUGAUUGCUGAAAGUAAAAAGGGUUUGG